AUGCCACCCAGAAGACGAUUCGACAAGAAGAACGCGCAGACAUUCCAGAUCGUGCACAGAGCGCAUGACGAUUCUCGUUUCUAUGAUGAAGAGGCCUCUUCGCACGUUCUAGUAUCUGCCCCAAGCAACAAGAAUAAGGUUGUACCACAUAAUGAAGUCGGUGGCAAGAAAAAGAUAUAUACAAUUGCAGAGCUUGAGCAAAAACUUGAUAAAGAUGAGAUUUCUGCCUUAAGAGAAAACGAAGGUCUUGCUGCUCAGUAUGGGAUCUUUUUCGAUGAUUCCAAGUACGAUUACAUGCAACAUUUGAAACCUAUCGGCCAGGACAGAGACGCUGUUUUUAUACAAGCCAAUAGUGUGAAAAAGAACCAGUUGAAGGCAGCCAAUGUUGAGGAAUUGUUUAAGGGCCAGUUACCUUCAGAUUCUAAGAGAAAAGUCACUACCGAGUUGAACCAGAGUAUACCUGAUGAAUUGAAGGGGUUUAAUCCAGACAUGGAUCCCAGAUUGAGAGAGGUAUUGGAGGCUUUGGAAGACGAAGCUUAUAUUACAGAUGAAGAAGCUGAAGAAGAUACAGGAGGAGAUGAUAUCUUUUCGCAGUUAUUGCAAUCUGGAGAAGUUGAGAACGAGGAAGAGUUUUAUGGUUCUGACUACGAUGACUUUGAGGACGGCUAUGAUGAGUGGGAUUUGGACAACUACGAAGAUGAGUACAAUGAUAAAUAUGACCUGGACAACUACGAGGAAGCAGAGAACUUGUAUAAUGAAGGUGAAGCUCCAGUAGAACUAGCAGAUUCUGACAUCAAAGUGCCGAAAACGGGAUGGCAGAGCGAUUUCUGGAAGUUCAAGGCUGCCAGCAAAAACAAGGUUAACGAGUGGGAUUCUGAUGACGAGUUUGAUGAAGAUGCAUUGCAGGACGUGGAAGAUGACGAUAUUGUAGGAGAAUUACCAACAAGUGACACAUUCAAAAAGUCAGGUACUGCCAGGUCGAAGACCAAGAUGAGAAAGAAGAAGGGUGCUAUGACUGCUACUUCUUCAUUUUCCAUGUCGUCUUCUGCUUUGUUUAGAACAGAAGGGUUGACUUUAUUGGAUGACAGAUAUGAGCAAUUAGCCAAGAAGUUUGAAGACGAACCUGAAGAAAAGUUUGAGGAGUUUGACAUGAGCAAAGAGAGAAACGAUUUCGAAGACAUGCUAGACGAUUUCCUCGACAAUUACGAGUUGGAGAGUGGAGGAAGAAAGGUUGUCAGAAAGGACGAAGAGAAGAAAAAGCUCCAGGAGGCAGCAGAUUCUGUGUCUAAAGGGAAGGUUGCAGCCAGAAGAAAGAAGGAAAAGAAUAUCACCCGUAGUUCUUUGGAUAAUCUUGGUGGAUCUUUAGCCAAAUUGAACAUAUAG